CCAGUUGCAGAUUCUUACCUUCUUCCAUUCUGAUCUGCAGACAUCUAUUUUUCAUCGACUUUUUCAUUUUUUAAAUUUUACUAUUUAGUUUUAACCAAAUACAAUUGCGCACUAUAACAGUUAGGGAGAAAAACAACAAACGUGCAAGACUUUUGUCACUUUCGUAGCUUUUGCUUGCAUGUGUGGCAACAAUUUACCGAAUCAGUAGGCUAUAUUGACGCAUCGACAAUUGGCAUUUCUGCUUAUUUCAAUUAAUAACUGUUAAUUUGUCCGACGCAGCAAUGGCAAAGCUUCCCGCUUGUUUGCUGCCGUUGGCAUUGACUGUCUUAAUCAGUUGCUGGGCUAAACCAGAACCUGCUGCUGGACUUCACGCGUACAUCCCGGAUCAAGCCGGAUCAUUUUACGCUCCUGCCGCACAGUCCGAAUCCCAACAAAUUUAUGUCCCAGUCACUGUUCCACCAUAUGCUCCAGGACAGACUUAUGAUGCCGAACCUUCAUCAGCUCCUCAGCCAUCCUCAUACAGUCCUGCUAUUAGUGUUCCCGAAAACCAGACAAGUGGAACAGACUCGUUGGCUGAAGAUCCUUCGCUGAUAGUCACCACCUUAUCGGGUCGGGUUCGCGGACUGACAGCCACUGCAGCCACUGGUAAGCAGGUGGAUGUCUGGAACAGCAUUCCGUUCGGCAAGCCGCCGUUGGGCGAACUUCGCUUCCGUCAUCCGCUGCCGAUGGACCCGUGGGACGGUAUCCUGGACACUCGAAGCAAGCCCAACUCAUGUUGGCAAACGAUAGACGACUUCUACGGCAACUUCACCGGCUCUACUAUGUGGAACGCCAAUACGGAACGAAGCGAGGACUGCCUCUACCUUAGCGUGACGGUGCCCCGGCCGAGGCCCAAGAACACCGCUGUCAUGGUCUGGAUAUUUGGUGGAGGUUUUAUCGGCGGAUCGUCAACGCUCGACGUAUACGACCCAAAGAUUCUCGUCUCCGAGGAGAACAUCAUCUAUGUGGCCCUCCAGUACCGGUUGGGUUCGCUAGGAUUUCUGAACUUGGACCAGCCGGGCGCACCGGGCAACAUGGGCAUGCUGGAUCAGGUGAUGGCGCUCAAGUGGAUUCAUUCCAACAUUGCUUUCUUCGGAGGUAAUCCGAACAAUAUCACGUUGUUCGGUCAGUCGGCUGGAGCGGCCAGUGCCUCCAUGCAUCUGCUGUCGCCACUUAGUAGGAACCUAUUCAGUCAAGCUAUUAUGCAAAGUGGUUCGGCCACUGCUCCAUGGGCUGUCGGCGACAAGGAGCAGACAAUCGCCGGCGGAUUGAAACUCGCCAAGGCCGUCGGUUGCCCGUACAGCCGGACCAAUCUCAGCAUUACGCUGGAUUGUUUGAAGACUAUCAACGCUUCAACACUGAUCAACAGCGAGGAAUUUCCAUUGGUUACCCUGGAUUUCUCAUUCGUGCCAAUCAUAGACGGCGUGUUCCUGACCGAGCCGCCGCAACGAUCCCUGGCGACUGGCAACUUUAAAAAGUGUAACAUUAUAAUGGGCAGCAACAAGGAAGAGGGCUACUUCUUUAUGUUUUACUCCCUGAGCCAACUGUUUCCCCGACAGGAGAAUGUCACCAUUAAUCGACAACAGUUCUUGCAGUCGGUUCAGAAUAUGAAUCCUUUCUCCAGCAACAUUGACCGACAGGCCAUCAUCUUCGAAUACACCGACUGGUCGGAUCCGGACGAUCCUAAUCGCAAUCGUGACGCUCUUGACAAGAUGGUCGGCGACAGUCAGUUAACGUGCAACGUGAACGAGUUCGCUCAAUACUAUGCAGAAACAAAAGGCAGUAGCAAUAACGUCUACAUGUAUUACUACAUCCAUCGCUCUUCAACCCAUUUGUGGCCGGCCUGGACAGGUGUCCUCCACUCCGACGAGAUUAAUUUCGUCUUCGGAGAACCACUCGAUCCAGCCAAGGGCUAUUUACCUCAUGAGAUCGCACUCAGCAAGAGAAUUAUGCGCUAUUGGGCUAACUUUGCUCGAAACGGGGAUCCUAGUAAAAAUAUAGACGGGUCCUGGACGCAAGACUACUGGCCGGUUCACACACCUUACGCACGAGAGUAUCUCACACUUGUUGCUAAUUAUUCUUGGGUGGAUCGUGGACCUCGAUUAAGGCAGUGUGCCUUCUGGAAGGAGUACCUACCCAGUCUCCAAACGGGAACAGCCUCCUGUUCUCGUUUUGAGCAGCAGCUUCCGCAAGUCACAGGAUGACAUAAAGAAAAACUAUUCGCUUUCGACAACAAACAAACAUAAUACUACUUCUACUUUAUAGGCCUAUGCUACUGUCGUUUUCUGAUUCUGAUCUUUUCUUCUGAUACUGAGCCUGAAUGGACCUAACUAAAAAAUGUGGGAUCCACCGUAAUCCUUUGAAAAUAACAUGUGAGCAAUCGUAUUCAUGGAUUCGUCAACUUUGCUUAUU